AUGGGAAUAUCCACUGUUGGGCUAAGGGACUAUACCAUUGAUGUGUCCGUGUCCUCCGUGCUCAGCCUGUCCUCGGUGAGGGAGCUGCCGGUGCAGGUGAGGGAGCUGUACUCUGAGGGCUUCGUGCUGGUGGCGGUUCAUCCGUUCGUGCACGCCUGCGGACCGCCACACGCCCGCGUCCAGAGGCAGCUGCACCGCGCCGUGCUCAUGCGCCAGAACCACAGGCAGACGGGCGUGGCAGGGGGGGGGGGGGGGGGGGGGGGUCCUUUGAUGCCCCCCCCACCCCCCUCGCUGCCACCUGUCGCCACGGAGACGGCGCCUGCAUCAUCAGCGCUCGCCGGUGGGGAACGCUGGGAGACCAGGGAGCUGCGGUGGUGCAGGCACAGGCUGGAGACAGACGUGUGUGUGGGCGGGAACCAGGCCGCUGACCCUGACAGCAUCCAGAGCUACGUCAAGAAGGCUGGGUCUUUGUGGAGCUCGCACACGCAGCGCUGGCCUGUGAUUGGCCAUCUCUGCUCUAUUCUAGCACUUCCAUUAGCUUUCCCAUUCUCUGUGAGCUCGCCGGAUCUAAGGGCGCAGUGGAGCAGCUGCCACUGA